AUGUGGCCCCGCUGUGAUGGACUUAUCCAGAUCCAAGGAGAGCCACCACUGAACAUCGCAGUGCUGGAAGCAGCCAAGGAGUUCGACACCACUGGCAGCAAGUUUCUCUUCGACACUCAAAAGGUCAUACGGACUCUGCACGAUAUGCUCAGGAGCCGUCUUGCAGGGUUGCGUCUUGCGGAUGAUAUUUCCCAGUUUAAGCUCAACCUGCGGAUCUUGAAGCAUUUACUGGUAACGAAACAACUGCUUCAAACCACCAAAGAGAUCAUCCAUGAAGCCCCCUCCAAUUGGGAUGUUGAUGGCGGUGAUUAUGAUGAAGCACAUGAGGUAGAAGAAGAGCUUCGGUCCAGUCAACAUAUGCCGACAACGCCAAGACGCAAAGUGCAACCCCCGAAAUUGCAGACGUCGCCAGGUCGUAUUACCAGGAUUCGAUCGAAAUCUGCUGUUCGUAACAAGUAG